UUUCUGAGCUGAUAUCUUGACAAACACUUGUUUUUGUAAUUGAGAUAUCUUUAACAUAUUUAGUUUAAUCAUGCUUUUUAAAAAUUUCGUAUCAUCAGCUUAGUAGAUCUGGACAUUUUCAUCCAAGAAAUAUGGGCAUAAAAAGCGGUUCCUUACUUCUUUUAUCACUCAAUCUUAUCCAUAAAAGUAUGUCUGCUACAUGCCCGGAUAGUAGCAAACUGCCAUUUUCUUGUCAAUGCUUCGACUUCAUUGGUAGUGGUGUAGAGAUAGAGAUUGCAUGCAGUGGCGCUUCUGUGGAAGAGCUGAUUGAAGCACUACAGUUUAUUGACUCCAGUGCCAGAUUGCAAGUUCAGCUAAAUAGUAUGAGCCUGCAAACGCUACCAUCCAGAAUCUUCGCUGAAUGGAACUUGGUCAAGCUUGAGAUUGCUGAGUGCGAUCUGGUCAGUCUGGUGGAACAAGGAGAAGUGGCGCUGUCCGGCUUGGAGAAUACUUUGGAAGAGCUGAUAAUAUCAUCAAGUUUCACUGAAACUGAUCAGCCUAGUAAACUUGAUCUGAGCCAUCUACGUCGGUUGAGAGAGCUGGACCUGUCCUUCAAUGCCAUCACAGAACUUAGCAAUGACUGGUUCUCUCGAGGUCCGGACACACUAAGCGAUCUUGUUUUGUCCAACAAUGGCAUCGAGAAGCUGGGGGACUGGGCCUUCGCAAAUCUGAUCAACAUCCGGCUGCUGUGGUUGGACGGAAAUAGAUUUGGACCCAUCAAGAGAAGUAUGUUGCCAAAUCCAGCCCUAUGGCUAGAGAAUCUGCAGCUGGACAAUAAUGCCUUCAGUUUUGUGCCUGAUGAUAUGUUUUCAAAAAUGCCUGCUCUGACAGAUAUAUCUUUGGCAAAUAAUGGCCUCCUCCAUCUUCCAGAAACUACCUACGAAAUUAUUUGGUCCCAACUAAUGACCUUCGAUAUUAGAGGAAACCCCAUCGAAUGCGAUUCCCAUAUUGAAUGGAUUAUUGAGGCUGAGAGUGACGUGGAAGUCUCUGGUACAUGCUACGGUCCUCUAGGAAGAAGCGGGAUGGAUUUGGGAGAGCUCAUAGAAAAAAGAAGACAACAUUUCUGAUUUAAAGGAAUCCAGUACAAAUCUUCAUUUGUGUUUUUUUAAACAAUGCUUAUUGUUUCUACAUUGAACAAGCAAGUUGAGUGUUUCCAGUUCAAUGAAAAGAAUAAUACAGUUUAUUCAUUUAUUUAUUUUUGAAGAAAUUGUAUUUCAUCUACAUUUCAGGCAUUUAUUAAAAACAU